AUGCCAACAUAUGCUAAAUUCAUGAAGGAUUUUCUUACAAAGAAGAGGAGAAUCACAUAUGAUGAAAUAGUAGAGCUAGAGGUAGGAUGCAGUGCAAUCAUUCAGAAAUCCAUUCCAGAGAAAUCCAGAGAUCCCAGUAGUUUCACAAUUCCUGUGACUAUUGGGAGAUUAUCAGUGGGUAAAGCACUUCUUGAUUUAGGUGCAAGUAUCAACCUAAUUCCCUUAUCCAUGAUUAAGCGAAUAGGGGAAUUCAAAAUCAUACCAACAAGGAUGGCUUUGCAGUUAGCUAACAAAACUAUCAAGCAUCCUCAUGGCAUUGUUGAAGAUAUAUUGGUAAAAGUUGACAAAUUUGUCUUUCUAGUCGACUUUGUGGUGAUGGAUAUAAAUGAAGACAGUGAAGUUUCAUUGGUUCUUGGCAAUCCUUUCAUGAAGACUGCUAAAGUUAUGAUUGAUGUUGAUAAUGGAAAACUCACUGUCAGGGUGCAAGGUGAUGAAGUGCAGUUUAAUGUAUUUGAAGCCAUGAAACACCCUAAAGAUAAGAAGGAGUGUUUUAGAGUGAAUGUCUUGGAUGAAGUAAUUUAUGACUCCAGGAGGUUUAUUCAAAGAAAAGAUGGGUUAGAGAAAACAUUGACUGAAGCAUUUGAGGAGAUUAGCAAAGUUGAAGCAAAUAAAAAUUCAGGAUGUCUCCAACAACUAAAUGCUUUUAGAGAAAUUCCUUAUCAUCAAUCUCUCUUUGAAGAAUUAAAAGAAGAGAAGCCAAAUGAAACAACAAAAAUGGAGCUGAAAGCAUUACCUCCACAUUUGAAAUAUGUUUUUCUUGAAUUUGAUUUGGAAAUCAAGGAUAAGAAGAGAAGUGAAAAUCAUGUGGCUGAUCAUCUUUCUAGGCUGGCUAUUGUUGAGGUGACCACACAAGGACCUAAGAUUCGAGAAGAUUUUCUUGAUGAGAAGCUAUUCAACAUUGCAGUAAGGCCAUGGUUUACUGAGAUGGCUAAUUUUAAAGCAGCUGGUGCACUUCCUGAUGAUCUAACUUAG